GACCAGAUAAAUUUCAGAAUAUUCAACCAUGUAUUGUGUCUCGAUAAUAUUUUUUUCACUUUGCAUCUUGAGAAUGAUAUUCGCAGAUCAGUCGCUCUUAUAUCUAGAUGAGAUUCGCAGUUUGAGCGAAUUGCCGAUGGACAAACUGAUUCGAAUAAAAUCUUCUUUUGGAAGUGGAAAUGGCAUUACUAAUGAAAACGAGAACGAGAACGAAGAAAUCGCGUCCAGUAGAACAAUACCGGUGACACUGCCAAUGGCUUUGCCACUAAAAAGAAGUAAUAAUAAUAAGAAACCUAUACGCCGAUACGAGGACCAUUAUGAUGAGAAGGGCAAAGACACGAAAAUCUCAAAGAUCUUUCAGCUAGCAGUAACCGCGCUCUCGUUUCUCGCAUUUGGUGGCUACCUUCUCACGCUUAUAAUAUCGGCAAUUAGGCGCAAUAAUGGAAACAAUGGAACCAAUGGAAAUAACGUUCUUAUAUUUUCGAAUUUGCAAACUGCGCAAAAAUAUAAUCGUCCCAAACGAAAUAUUUUAAUAUUUGAUCCGAUGGAAAAUAACUUUGAAACGGACAAGCUCUACGAGGGAAUGAUUAUGCUUUCAAGAAGUUAUGCCUUGUACAAUUAAACAAAAUAUGAAUAGAAUAAGUCGUACGAAUGCGCUCUUUUUCUCUAUUUCGCUUUCUUUCUAAUCUUAUAAUUAUUAUUACACAAAUAA